AUGGGGACGGGGACGUCCAAGGAUGCCGACGGCGUGUCUCACGAUGAGAGCGACGGCCGAGACGGAAGUCUGGACCAGGCCGGCGGGCAGCUGUAUGUGUCGCUGAAGAUGGAGAAUUACAAGCUUAAUGGCGAGAUUAUUCCUCACGUCUACGGCUCUGUCCCUCUCGUUGGCUCCUGGGAUCCUUUCAAGGCUCUGUCAAUGGAGCGGGAAUCGGCGUCAAUGUGGGAAUUGAGUUUUGUUGUUCCUCCUAAUCAUGAAACUUUGGAUUUUAAGUUCCUUCUGAAGCCAAAGUACGGCAGCACUCCUUGUGUGAUCGAGGAGGGGCCAAACCGGGUUCUCUCCAGGGGUGCAUUGCAAGGAGAAUCAAGGCUGGCUGUGUUUAGGAACGGUGAGGAAACUUUGGAAUAUAGAGUCUUCAUAAAGGCUGAUCAAGUUUCUCCAUUUGAUCUUGCGGCCAGUUGGAGGGCUUACCAGGAGAACCUUCGGCCUUCAUCUGUUCGUGGGAUCCCUGAUGUUAGUAUCAAUUCUGCACCAAUGGCUGGAGCUGAGAAUGGAUCUUCUGCCAGUUUGGAGCUCGAUCUUGAACACUAUCUUGUCCCGGCUCCAUCAACUUCUGCAAACUCAGGAAUGGUGUAUGCCGCUAACAAUGCAGAGAAUCCAAGGUUUACAAUGACGGAUGCAGCAUGGUAUAAUUCCUAUUCAUUCAAGGAUGCCAGUAUUCCUUCUGAUCAGCCACCCACCUUUAAGGGCAUUGAGAUUGUCAUCCCAGAUCCCUCCAAAGUAUAUCCUGGUACUGGAACCGUCGAAUCAAAGUCGCUGGGGUAUUUUUUGCCUCUCCAAAGACAAGAUAGUCACAGGGGGCUUUUUGUGGAUAGGGGUGUUGGAUCUCCUAGACUGCUUAAAUCACCAAGUUCAAAUACAUUCACAUUUGAUCUUAAACAGGAGGCAGAGACCAAGAAUUUGAUGCCAGCAGCUGCUGGAGCUGUUGCUGCUGGAGCUGUAGCUGAUCAGAUGCUUGGUCCGAAGGAAGACAGACAUUUGGCGAUAGUACUGGUUGGUCUUCCUGCUCGGGGAAAGACCUUUACUGCAGCUAAACUCACUCGCUAUCUUCGCUGGUUGGGUCAUAACACCAAACAUUUCAAUGUUGGGAAGUAUCGACGCCUUAAGCAUGGCACUAACCAGAAUGCUGAUUUUUUCCGAGGCGAUAAUCCUGAAGGCGUGGAAGCACGUAAUGAGGUAGCAUCACUUGCAAUGGAAGACAUGAUUGCUUGGAUGCAAGAGGGUGGGCAGGUAGGAAUAUUUGAUGCCACAAACAGUACCAGGGAAAGAAGGAAUAUGCUGAUGAAAAUGGCUGAAGGAAAUUGCAAGAUGAUAUUUUUGGAAACUUUAUGCAAUGAUAAACGCAUUAUUGAGAGGAACAUUCGUCUUAAAAUCCAGCAAAGCCCGGAUUACGCUGAACAGCCUGAUUUUGAAGCUGGAUAUGAAGACUUCAAAAGUCGGCUAGAUAAUUAUGAAAAGGUCUACGAACCCGUCGAAGAAGGCUCGUACAUUAAAAUGAUAGACAUGGUCAGUGGUAAUGGUGGGCAAAUUCAGGUGAACAAUAUAAGUGGCUACCUUCCUGGGCGCAUUGUUUUCUUCCUGGUGAAUACACAUCUCACGCCUCGUCCAAUCUUACUUACUAGGCAUGGAGAAAGCCGACACAAUCUUAGAGGCAGAAUUGGAGGUGAUUCCUUAUUGAGUGAUACUGGAGAAAUAUAUGCCAAGAAGCUUUCAAACUUCGUUGAGAAGCGACUGAAAUCUGAGAAAGCGGCUUCUAUUUGGACUAGCACACUGCAGAGGACAAUCCAAACAGCAGGUCCAAUUGUUGACUUUCCCAAGAUCCAAUGGCGGGCACUCGAUGAGAUAAAUGCUGGAGUUUGUGAUGGAAUGACCUACGAGGAAAUAAAGAGGAACAUGCCAGAGGAGUAUGAGUCCCGAAAGAAUGAUAAGCUGAGGUACAGGUAUCCGCGUGGAGAAUCCUAUCUAGACGUCAUUCAGAGGCUGGAGCCAGUGAUCAUUGAACUCGAGAGACAAAGGGCACCUGUUGUGGUCAUCUCUCACCAGGCGGUAUUGAGGGCUCUGUAUGCUUAUUUUGCUGAUAGGCCUUUGAAAGAAAUUCCACAUAUCGAGAUGCCACUGCACACGAUCAUCGAGAUACAGAUGGGAGUUACUGGUGUGCAAGAGAAAAGAUACAAACUCAUGGACUGA